CCACUAUUUAAAAGGCUUCCACAAUACAAUUCACGCUGCAUUUUGCAAGUGCCAGGAAGAUUGUCCAGUUGCAUUUUUAUUGCUCUUUGCUCUUUAUUGAAACUCUUUCAACAAUGGCAAUGUUGAAUCGCUUCUCCGUAGCAUGCUGGAAGAGUGUCUCAGCCGGGCUGCUGAACGAGCAGCUGCUUCUCCGCGCCUUACACAAGUCAGCAGCCAGUGAGGCUCUGGAGAUCUCCGCAACCGGGGAGGAGGCCAUGCCUGGCAGGCUGAUCGAACCGGCGGUGGUCCGAGAGGCCAGUAAAAUCAAGAGCCUGAAGGAGAUGCCCGGACCGAGCACUCUUUCCAACUUGAUUGAGUUUUUUUGGAAAGACGGCUUCGGCAGAAUCCACGAGAUUCAGAUUGAGCACACAAAGAAGUAUGGAAAAAUCUUCAAGUCUCGCUUUGGACCCCAGCUGGUGGUCUCCAUUGCCGAUCGUGAACUGGUGGCAGAGGUCCUGCGGGCUGAGGGUGCGGCCCCUCAAAGGGCCAACAUGGAAUCCUGGCAUGAGUAUAGAGACAUGAGGGGUCGUUCCACUGGCCUCAUCUCAGCUGAGGGAGAAGAAUGGCUUAACAUGCGCAGCGUGCUCAGACAGCUCAUCAUGCGUCCCCGUGACGUAGCAGUAUUCUCUGACGAUGUGAACAAGGUGGUGGAUGACCUGAUCAAGAGAGUUUACAGCCUUCGAGCCCAGCAGCCUGAUGAACUUACUGUGCUCAAUGUGAAUGACCUUUUCUUCAACUACGCCAUGGAAGGUGUGGCUGCUAUCUUGUACGAGUGUAGACUGGGGUGUUUGGAAAACAACGUCCCCAAAGAAACCCAGGACUACAUCUCCGCCUUGCACCUCAUGUUCAGCUCCUUCAAGACCACCAUGUAUGCCGGAGCGAUUCCUAAGUGGCUUCGUCCCAUCAUUCCCAAACCAUGGGAAGAGUUUUGUGUCUCCUGGGACGGUCUGUUCAAAUUCAGCAUGAUUCAUGUUGAUAAAAGAUUCAAGGAGAUCAAGGCCCAGGUGGAGAUGGGGGAGAAGGUGAAAGGGGGCCUGCUCACACACAUGCUCACCACCAUGGAGCUGAGCCUGGAGGAGAUCUACGCGAACGUGACGGAGAUGCUCCUGGCCGGGGUCGAUACGACAUCCUUCACCCUCUCUUGGGCCUGCUAUAUGUUGGCACAACACCCCCACAUCCAGGAGCAAAUCUACACAGAAGUCACACAAACUCUGGGACCUGGAGCUGUCCCCACAGCCGAAGACGUCCCUCGCCUGCCUCUCAUCAGAGGGCUUGUGAAGGAGACUCUCAGGCUUUUUCCAGUUCUCCCAGGCAACGGCCGGAUUACCCAGGAUGACUUGGUGGUUGGUGGAUACUUCAUCCCCAAAGGGACUCAGCUGGCCCUCUGUCACUACUCCACAUCUCUGGAUGAGGAGAACUUUCCCAGUCCCUUGGAAUUCCAACCAGACCGCUGGGUACGGAAAGACACAUCUGAUCGCGUUGACAACUUUGGCUCGAUUCCCUUUGGUUACGGCAUCAGGAGCUGCAUUGGCAGGAGAAUCGCAGAGUUGGAGAUGCAUCUAGCUCUCACCAGGCUCAUUCAGAAGUUCUACAUUGGGAUGUCUCCUCUCACUACUGAUGUCAAGGCUAAAACUCACGGUCUGCUCUGCCCUGGUGCUCCCAUCAACCUGCAGUUCAUUGAAAGGGAAAACUAGGUCCAGCCUGUCCUCUAUAAGGUCUUUCCCAGAUGUUCGACUGGGUGCUUGUCAUUCUUGGAGCACUUAAAUACACUGCUUUUAGAGUUUCUACUCAGGCCAGGAAUGUGUCUUACAUGUUUGUCAUGACACAGAAACACUGUGCAUAUUGUUAACUAUAAAGAUUGUUUGUUGAAUGUAUGUCAACAGAGGGAACCACUGCAGCCCUUUUUUAUUUGACUGUUACUUUUUUUUACCCAUCUUGUUAAAAUUGAUGUGUGUGGAAAAUAAUUUUUGUCAGUACUGUAACUCCUCAUAUUAAUGUUUCUUGUUGUAUAUGUGCACACAUUAUAUUGUGUGCCAUUUUCACUCUUUUUUUUUUUUCCCCUCCUUGUCCGAGAAAGCAAUUUACAGAGAUUAUGAAGGGCAGCUGUUAAAUGUUUUGAAAAUGAGCUGUUUAGCUAAGGUGAGGCAAGCUUUACUUAAUAAUUAUGUUGUUUGUUUCGAACCAAAAUAUUGGAACUGGUUGCUUUUUCUGGGGUGGCACAGUUUGUCUUUGUUUGAGUUGUUUUUUUCAUACUGAGUAAAAGUUAUUACCUGUACUGUAUAUCAACACAUCAAAUACACACAAAAAAUCAUUUCAAUGUAAACUUGUAUUAAGUAUAGUUUUUUUUUUUUUAAAUAGUGCUAGUUAAAUGUUUAAGAAAUGAUAUAAUGAAUCACAAAGGUAAGUAUUUAAAAUAUUUCUUUUGCUAAUUUAAUACAUAUUUGUUUUGCAGAAUGUAAGUGGGUUACAGAAUGUCUUUAGCAUAUUUGGUUUAAGUGCUGCUGGUGUGAAAGGAUUCCAUCAACGUUUUCUUUUUAAGAGGGUAAAUGUAUGUCGGGGAUGGUUUGAUGCUAAGAAAAAUGACAUGUUAAAAAAAGGAAAUGCUAUUUGGCUGGGUGGCACAUUGAAACCCUUUUUUAAAUUGACUUGUAUGUAAUUAACUUUUGUCUGUAGUAUGAGUUGAAAACAAUAAAAACUGAAUUUUAUGCUAAAGCACAA